AAAAGACAAGUCCAUGGACCCUGUCCACGCUGAACUCUCUGUAGCUGGUGACGAUUACUUUGUACGCGACGCAGGGAGCACAAUGGGCACUUUUCUCUGCUUGAGCACGCGAUUCCGACACUAUCCCCAACGAGAUGGAUAUCGUUUGCGUAGUGGGGACGUAUUCCGGGUCGGUCCAACCACCUCCAUUCGCGUGGUCGAGUUGCAAACCACAACUGGGACGCCUAAGCUGCAACGUAAGCGAAGCGCUAGUUCCACCUCCAGUUUUGUAUCCAAGCCAGAGUAUCCAGCUUCUAUAGGUGACUCGAGUAAUGACCAACCUCCCAAGCUGGACAAAACGCCAAGCUCAAGUAGCAAUCCUCAGCUAACACUGAAGCGAAUGUCCACCGUCGAAGAGCUCCGUCUUCUUGCUGCUGAUAUUGAAGACGAGUUCAUGAAUGACACUGGAAGAAUCCACUCGAAGAGGAUUACACGAAAAGAUCCCAGCAGCGCGAGCAAAGAUAAGGCCCAAGAGAACAAGCGACCGCGAUCCAAACCGCAGCAUACAGUUCGCUUCUCGGAUACGCCUCCAGUCAUGUCCGACGGAUCCGUGUUCUUGGGGAGCCGCUAUAUCCGCCCGGAAGUCAAGCAGCUGCACUACCACGAGCCUUCCCAGGUAGAAGACGUCGACGACGACAUGGUCCAUCAACUCGUUGGUAGCGAGCCCGAGGCGAAUACGCGGCACCACAACAUAGCCCACACUAAAAGUCGUCGUCCAGCACUGCUCCGUCUCGUUAUUUUUCAGCAUGACCCCACCAAAGCCAGCACUGAACCUUCAAAACCUCGCGAUGCCCGUGAAGUGACUCUACCAGGACAGGACACGUAUCUCAUCGGCUCCUCAGCAGCUUGCGACGUUCGUAUUUUCCCAUCGGAAGGCAUUGAAGUGCGUGGCAUGCACGCUCGAAUUAUGUUUGACGGGGCGUCCUUCGUGCUGCAGGACAUUUCCUUUGAACGGGAUCCACGACGUCAGACGCGCGUGUUGCUCUCGCAAAGAUUUACGAAAAUCACUCGGGGGGAUUGGCUGUUGCUUGGUAAAUGCGCGCUGUAUAUCACGACUGUAGCGAGAGCAUUCGGCUCCGAGCGGCGCCCUGACAUGAAGGAGGCGGCGAUGCGCUUGGAUGUUUUGCGGCUUUCAAAGCGGAAACCGCGGACCCGCGGGAUCUUCGUUCCUGUUGGUUUUCGACUACAUUCUACCUCGGGUUCCGGAGCAUCCAGCGGAAGCAGCGGCUGGGGUGGCAGUAGUGGUGGGCCUGUUACCUUUGGCAAAGGCCGCGACUGUGACGCCCAAGUCUUCACUGCGUCACUGGCCACCGAGCAAUUUAGUGUUCAACUUGAACGAGGGACUUGCUUACUCACCCCAAAGCCCACAGGAAUCAACGCCGGCACAUAUUUUCUAAUUGGUCGCGACGAAGCCAGACAACCAGUCGUUCAAUCAACGGGCGUUGGCGAUGAAGACGCGGGUGACGUCGACACAAUGGGUGACGUGGUCAAGCACACGAGUAAGCCACUGUUGCUCUCCGAAGGCUGCGUCUUUCGGUGUGGCGGAUGUGAACUUGAAGCGACAACUCAUGACGAACAGGAAAAUAUUCGGCUUUUGAGUGCCCUGCCGUGGCUGCAGCAGAUCGGCUCCGACUCGAAAACAAUCACAAACCUCGCUCGUUGCGGACAGAGACUUCAGCUUCGCACUGGCGAAAUGGUAUACGACAAAGGAGAUCCGGCGAACUUCGUCUUCAUCACUUACUUCGAAAACGUGGCGCCGGGAGGUUUCUUUGGCGAAGUCUGCUUGCACAACCCCACAGAGUCGAUCGAUGACCUUGAAUACGCCGACACCGCGAAGGUUUCCAGCGCGUGCGUCUUAUUGGCACUGGCUAGGGAAGACAUCUGCGGGUACCUCGAGCUGUACAUGGAUAUUGUACGCGCCCAUUUGCGCCAUGACCGAUGCCGAGACAGGAUCAUUCGAGCAGCUUGCAGCAGUGUGCCGUGGCUCCGCGGACUCUCGCUCCAAGAGAUGCGAAUGCUAUCGGCUGACGCGGAAGUUGCAGUGUACGGUACCGGCUCGACCUUGUUCGAGGACGGCAAGUUGUUCGUCCCAGCAGCAUUCGCCGGCGGUAGUACUCUGCAGCUUCGGGAUGGUUUGCUCGUGUUGAACCGCGGUCGAGAAGAGCAGCGUGAUCCCAACAGCGUAGAUAACGUCGACGAAGCGCCUGGCACUGAGCCAGACGAGUGGUGGAGUUCCAUGGAUCCGGUACUUGUGAUGAGCUCGACGUCGUCACCGUCAGUGCUGAGUUUCUGCGACUUGUCCUUCCGACUGGAAGCAUGCUCAACCGUCGAGUGUUUCUUUGUUGCAGCCGCACACCUUGCUCAUCUGGCAAUCGGCACACCGCGCCAACAGGACCUCAGCUCCGGUAAAGAUGAAGACCACAGUUCAAUGGAUGGGUCUGACGGGGAAGGCGACACCACAGGGGCGCGGCGCUGGCGUCGGAAAAAGCGCAACAAACACCUGCUGGAGCAGACCGUUCUGGAGACGCAAAACGAUGCGCAGAUACCAAACGCUUUGGUUCUGUACGUGCUUGGAGGGGCACAGCGCGGGGAUAUCCAUGUCGUACGGAAUGUUGCUUCCAUCGGUGGGCUUCUCAGUGGUGCCGACAUCGAGCUCAACGAUCGUUACGUGUCUCGAUCACACGCCAUCAUCGAAUAUCACGACAGCAGAUACUGGCUUUAUGACAACGGCAGCAAGUGGGGAACCUUCGUGCGGCUUGAGGAGGACAACGCCGUUGACAUUAACCCCGGAGACGUAUUUCUGGCCGGUGAGGUCGAAUUCACAUGCCUGGCUUCGUAUCCAGAGCGCAAUAAGCCAAGCAUGUGCUGUAUAAUGUAA